AUGGCACCCUUCCUCCUCCUCCUCCUGCUCACUGCCUUUCCGUUCCUCCACCCCACGGCGGCAAGCUUUGGCCAAGGCCGCCCCAAAGAAGAAGAUCCUGCUGCCUACCGCACCUACAUCGUCUUCCUGUCGCCGCCGGCGGAUGCCGCCGCCAUGAGCCGAGGCGCGCAUCGCCAGUGGCACGAGAGCUUCCUUCCGAGCAGCCUGACGGAGUCCGGCGAGGCGCGCCUGGUGUGCUCGUACUCGGCAGUCUUCCACGGAUUCGCCGCCCGGCUGACCGAAGCCGAGCUCGCGGCGGUGGCGAAGCUGCCGGGGUUCCUGCGCGCGGUCCCCGACGGCAAGCGGCAGCUCCUCACCACGCGCACGCCGUCGUUCCUCGGGCUCAGCAGGGACCGGAACCGGCUGUGGAGCGACGCCGGCUACGGCGGCGGAGUCGUCAUCGGCAUUGUGGACACGGGGAUCUACGGCAAGCACGUCUCCUUCCUCGACGAUGGGGUCCCGGAGACACCGGCCAGUCUUUCGUCGUCGGAGAUGCUGACCCUAAGGACGACGAGCAAGGCCACGGCACGCACGUCGCGGCCAUCGCCGGCGGGGAACUUCGUUCAAGGCGCCGCGCUCCGGCAAGGCCUCCUGGGCUCCGGCACGGCGGCGGGGAUCGCUCCUCUGGCACACAUCGCGGCGUACAAGGUGUGCCCCUCCCCCGAGGAGUGCCACGACUCGUACAUCUCGUGCGCCAUGGAGGAGUCGAUCCACGACGGGGUGGACGUGAUCAACAUCUCCCUCGGCGGCGGCUCGGACGCGAACACCACGUUCGACAAGGACCCGAUCGCCAUUGGCGCGUUCAGGGCUAUGGCCAAGGGCAUCGUGGUGGUGACCGCGGGCGGCAACGACGGGCCCAAGCAGAUGGCUCAAAUUUAG